CUUACUUUUCGGCGGCUCAGUCCCACUAGUCGGGGAGCGCACCUCAUUACCAUCAAUCUCAUGUAUCCGAUCUUCCUGUACAAGUUCGUGCCUUCCAUAAUGCCCUUCAUAAGCAGCAAGUUCCGGGGGAACAUAGCGCUGCUCUGUCAUCUCGUGAACGUCCGGUUUGUUACUCGCGUCUAGCUCUGUUUUUGCUGCGUCGGGUGUCAUGUCCACAACGUUGUGGUGUGUUUCGUCGAAUGGAGGGGGUGGUGCGAUACUGGUAUCGGCCAGCUCAGCGCGCUGCUUCCGUUUCCUGUUCCAGAGGAAAACUGCUAGUCCUAUUAAUGCCAACGCUGCUACUGCCCCGAUGGCGAUGCCGGCAAUGGCGCCGGCUCCUAAUCCACUCUUCUUGGAGCUGGAUGAUGUGUCCGUGGAGGUGGAGUUUGUAUCGUUUCCGCUGCCAGGAGUGCCAGGAGGGACAAUAGCGGUUAGACUUGCUGCUAAGGAAGUGGGCGGGAAGAGAGCUUGUGAGACCGAAAAGUUCUUCCUCUCAUAAUCCGCUAUCACAUAUGCCUCUUGAAGAAAAGUCCUUCCAAGCGUAUACUGUGUGGCGUUUUGGGCCUGCUUCAGAGGGAAAUACCGCGUGUCGUUCCCAACGAUCGGAGCUGUGAGAACAAGAUCAAAAGCUGCGUAGGGCAGGACGAUUUCCACACUCUCCCCGGCGCCGCCAGCUUGGCCAAUCUUGAAUGUAAAAGAUGGGUUCUGCUUCACGAGAGCAGCAUGCGCGUCCGCUCCUACGAUGUAAAGCUGGCCUGACUCGAUCCAUGUAAGAUUAAAUUGCUGCGCGAAUGCUUCGCAUACAUUGACAGGAAGCCAGAUCUCGGAUACCAAGGAAUUGAUGAAAAUAUCGAUACUGCUCGCAAGUAGUGGCGAGCUACCGGCGGUGUCGUAUGUCACAGAACGUAAGCUAACCAACAGAUCUCUUGAGAAAUCGGCACCGAACGCAAAGUGGAGAUUGUUAGAUUGGAAGCGCGUGGUGUCGUAUCCUCCUAAUGUCAAGCUUCCAAAUACUGGCGGGUCCUUGUAAUGUGCUCCGGCGGUAUAUGCCCAGCUGCGACUUGGAAUCAAAGACUCAUUGUACAGAGUGCUGAGCAUACUCGGCUGGGGAUCGUUCAGGUUUGUGAAAUUGAAAGGGACUGGACUGAGGCCUAGGUUUCCGAGGUAGAAAUCAUUAGUCCAAAUUCCCGCGACGACUUGUUUCUGGAGAGUCGGCAGGCCAGCGCCCGGGAUUCCUAGAUUGAUGGUAUCAUAGCCGUAUGAUCCAUUACCAAUGCGACCGAGAAAGCUUUCUUCAUAAGUAUUCAGGGAAUAGAUGGCGCCAUCAAUACCAUUUUGAAGGCCUUGCGUGGACCAUGUUGUUGAGAGGUUGCUCUGAAAAAUAUAUCCUCGUUCAUCCGGGCAGUUCGCAAGAGUCGGAUUAACAUCCACGCAGCCUUCAGAAAUGACCUCGACUUAUCGUUAGCAGAAUGGUAUGUUUGAAGGUAACAAUACUGACGACCCAGGUAGUUGAGCCAGCACUGGCCGAUGUUCCUGGCAAUAGCCUUACAGUUUGCCCUGGCGUUCCGACUUGUAUCUGAAAAGUCGACCACCAACCAUCGUCGCCGUCCCUGUCCAAGCAUACAUGAGCGCCAUAGCCGCACGGGAACACAAGCCAACUUACCAGUAAAGACUUGGGGGAAUGCUCAGUGGCGUCAGUGAUGCAUUCCCGGCAGCAUGCACGAGAUGGGCACAAAGAAAUGCCAGGAAAAGCGACCCCUUCAUCGCCGCGAUGUGUACCAUCUGACGGAAAAGAUUGAUGGGGGGUUGACGGUGAGGAUUUCUGACCCCAAACCUUAGUCUCCGGUGUUUUGGCCUGUGCCUGUGCCACGUUAGACGGCGCUUAGAGGAUCCUUGCAGAUCGAAAGAGCCCCGCGGGAUUAUCCUCCCGUUCUUCAUGAGCUUGCUCCCGCCGCCGUUUUUGUUUUACUUUAGACAUUUUAACAUUUAAGUUAAGGUAUUCGCUUCCUCAUACUGUACCAUUCGUUUCCUUGGGGAGAAUAAUGGCUCGUCUCACUCUUUCCACUGUCGCUACAAUCGCCAGUUUAUGGCUACUGAGUGAUGAAGUUACUGCUCAACAUUUUCCCAGACAGACAGGGGUCAACGGGACGGUUCCCACGAAGACUUCCUCGAGUUCUGGCUCAGUCACAUCGUUUUAUUCAGAAAUCUAUGGUCCAUUCAUCGCCGCAGUAUCAUCAACAUGGUCUCAAGUCAUAAUACCAACUACAGUGGGGACCGUCUUGGUAGUGGUAAAUGCAGCUACAAACGAGACAACAUCAACAACCAUCUAUCAUACAGAUUAUCUGAAAAAUGGCUCAUCAACAUUGUUAUCUCGAACGGACACAGAUGGUGCAGGAACCGUUACGCAGGUUGUCACUGACAUAGUAAAUAAUAAUACAGUGACAGUGACGUACCCAUCAAAUUACUUUGAAGUGGCAGACUCUUUGACAUGGAACGCUGUUUUGCCCACUGCGGUCAAUGAAACCACAUGUUGUUUUCCAACUCCGACUUUGUCAGCAACGCCGACUCAUACUCCAUUCGUGCAGGUGGGAGAACUGGACUCAGAGGAUACUCGGGGUUGGUAUUAUACCUUGGUUGGUGUGAAUGUCGGGGAUCCAUAUACAGUCCUCGACUCUACCGAAGUUUCCUCGCUCUGGUCUGGUCAGACACUCGCCAUUGAGUACGAUGGAUGCCCUUAUACGUUCUGCCACCUUUCUGUCACCUCGGUCGCUCCAGCAAGUGGUGUGAAAGCCCAGCCAGGUGCAAUACUGGCAACAAGUACGACGACGAUAUCGAUUCCGUCCGAAACUCCAGCAGAGCCCACGCCUAGUCCUUCGUCAACAUCGUCCUUUACUGCUAUACCAGAUCAAGACUCAACGACAUCCACACCAGCUCCAGCACCUUCUCCUUCACCCCCGACCACGCAGCCGACGAGUACUCGAGUAUCAGCUCCGACCCCAAAUCCCGCCCCCAUCAUCACCAUCGGUUCAACCGCCAUACCCGCCAACACAGCUUCUCAAUUCAUCAUCUCAGGACAGACACUUGUACCGGGAUCAUCUAUUACCAUCGGAUCUGGAUCUUCGACUACAGUUAUAGCUCUUCAGACGAGUAAUUCAAACACGGUGGUAGUUAUUGGAGAUUCGAGUUCUACUCUCGCGCCGGCGGCCACAACUCCAGCAGUUGUUACAGUGGGAGGAUCAGUAGUCACAGCCGAUUCUUCAUCGAACUUUAUCGUUGGUGGACAGACAUUGUCUCCAGGAGGAUCACCGAUUACUGUCAGUGGGACCCCGAUCAGCCUUGCUGCGGAAGGAACGCAGAUUGUUGAAGGCACAAAGACAUUUGUUCAGAUGACAGGUAUUGGGGGGAUUAUCUGGAGUGUUUUUGGUGGGGAGACUUCCACGCCUACUGUGUCUGUGACUGGAGCUCCUGGAAAUGGAUCUUCUGCAUCACCGACAUAUGUGCAAGCUUCGGGAGUCAUUAGGAAUACGCCUUUCAGGGCCUUUGGAGCAUUGGUGGCGUUAUCUUUUAUGAUCUUACUGUAGCUAUUGGGUGGUAUACACACAGCAUUUUGAUGAUAUCAUGAACUAAU